UCAACAGAGACCUAACCUAACUCUUUGCUAAACAUUUUCAACCUCAAACUCAAAUUUUUAAUAAAAUAUUCCAGGGUUAAAAAGAUUACUAAUAAAUUUAAAAAUUGUUUUCAGUAGUGCAUGAAUUGUCAACUGAAUCAUGAAACUAUAUUGUUUGAGCAACGAUCCAAAUAAACCAUGUCAUAUAUUAACAUUUCGGGAAAUUACCAUGAUGUUGGAUUGUGGUUUAUCGAUGCAAUCAAUUUUGAAUUUUUUACCACUUUCGACUGUGCCCUCAAAUAGACUCUCAAAUCUUUCUAAUUACAUGCCAAACGAUGUAGACCCUGAUUUGGAAGGCGAACUCAAAGAAAAUGGAGAAAGGGUAUUUGUGGAUUCUCCCCCUGAGUUUAAUCCUCCUUUAGAUAAAUUAGUCGAUUUUGCUCAGAUAGAUGUGAUUUUGAUAUCAAAUUAUUUAUGUAUGAUGGCACUACCUUUUGUAACUGAGGGCACUGAAUUCAAAGGAAGAGUUUAUGCAACUGAACCUACAUUACAAAUGGGAAGGUUGCUUCUAGAGGAAUUGGUGACUUACAUUGAACUCUGUCCCAAAGUGAAUAUUGCUUCGCAGUGGAAAAAUUUCUUGCAUAAGUUGCCAUAUCCUCUGAGUGAAUCAUUCAAACCAAAAUCUUGGAAACAAAUAUUUAGCAUGAAGAGUGUGAAUGCGAGUUUAUCGAGGGUACAAAUGGUCGGAUAUAAUGAAAAGAUUGAUGUCUUUGGUGCCCUUCAAGUUAUACCUGCUAGUUCGGGGUAUUGUUUGGGGUCUACCAAUUGGGUUAUAUCUACUAAACAUGAGAAAAUAGUGUAUCUUAGUGGAUCUAGUACUUUGACUACACAUCCGAAACCAAUGGAUCAUAAUGCCUUGAAAAAUGCUGAUAUAUUUAUUAUGACUGACCUAACCCAAACACCUAUCAGUAAUCCAGACUCCAUGCUUGGAGUUUUGUGUGUAGUUGUAGGCAUAACUUUGAGAGGGGGAGGUAAUGUGUUAAUCCCCUGUUAUCCGACAGGUGUGGUUUACGAUUUGUUUGAGUGUCUGUCGAUAAAAAUGCAAGAAUUGGGAGUUGCACAAUGUCCCAUGUACUUUGUUUCGCCAGUGGCAGAUAUAUCUUUGGCAUAUUCCAAUAUCCUAGCCGAGUGGCUUUCUACGUCGAAACAAAAUAAAGUUUACGUUCCUGACGAACCAUUUCCUCAUGCAAUGCUGGUCAAGAAUUCUAGAUUGAAACAUUUUAAACAUAUACAUUCUAGUGGAUUCAGUGCCGAGUUUCAAGAACCCUGUGUAGUGUUUUGUGGGCAUCCCAGCCUAAGAUUUGGUGACGCGGUCCAGUUUAUGGAACUCUGGGGUAAUAAUCCUAGAAACUGUAUAAUAUUCACAGAACCGGAUUUCGAUUACAUCGAUGCCCUGGCCCCGUAUCAGCCACUCCAAAUGAAAGUAGCCCAUUGCGCCAUAGACACCUCCCUGAAUUUCACCCAGGCCAACAAGUUGAUUCGAGAUCUGAAACCGACCACGUUAGUUGUGCCUGAAUGCUACACUCAACCUCCUAGCUCGGCUCCGAAUUUCGCAGAUUACAUGAUCGAGAGUAAUGCGGAAAGGAAUUUGAUUUCCUACAAAUGGGGGGAAGUUAUUAAUCUACCAUUGAAAAGAAAGCAAGCCCAAGUAUUUCUGGACAACAGUGUUGCUUUGAAAAUAGCUCCGGUGGAAAUCAAAAACGGUGUUUUUUUGUCAACUUUAACAGGCAACUUGAAUGUGAAAGAUAAUGUAGUUAAUGUACAAGAUGUUGGUCCAUCUUGUUUAGGUAAAACUCCUAAUCAGGUGAAAUAUGAGUGGGGGACAAUUAAUAUCACUGAAUUUAUGCAAAAAUUGUAUCAGGAAGGUUUCUCCGAUGCUAAACUAGAAAAUAUAGGGACAAACAGUUAUAUGAUUCAUAUGUUGGAAGCUGAUACGAUAAUCCAGUUAGAUGAUAAUAAUACUCAUGUUUUAUGUAAUGGUGAUGAUGAAAUGAGAACUAAAUUGAGGAAUAUUGUAAUGCAAUGCCUGAGAAAAUUUUAGUUUGUUACUUUCAAAAAAUUCUUCUUUUAUUUCCGGCUCAAAAUCGGCAAUGGUGCGGUAUAAACUCAAAAUUUUCAAUCUAAGGAACAUUGAACUGUGUGGGAAGAAUGUAUCGAAGAAUUUUACAUGAUAGAAUCAACAAGGAAGAAUAAUUAGUACA